GUCAGCCGCAAUCCCAUAGAUGUAUCAACUCCCCCCACCAAAGGGUUUCGAGGAAAUGGCAACCCUGGAAGGUUUACCCGUGGAACUACACAUCUCCAUCCUGUUCACCGUACCUGAUCUGGGCUCUCUAGGGUCGCUUAUCCUUGCAUCUCCCGCUUACUAUGAUACAUAUCAGUUGGUGAAAGAGGAGCUCCUCCAGAACUUGCUGCAGGAGCACUAUGCCGGCCUCAUAAAUAUCGCAGAUGCAAUCACCGCUAUUCGCUCCAAAGGACUAUACGCUUAUAACAUAGCCAACAAGGAGAAGAUCAUCGCCCUUCUAGACAGUCAACAUCGCAGUGAUGAGAUUCGUCAACGGGAAGUAUCAUCAGGACCCCUCCCAGAUGAACCAGCAACUAUCAAAGAAAUAAUUCAGUUACUACAGUUGCAUGAUAUGGCAAUCAGGGUUUUGGAGGAUUACAGUAGAACUACAAAGCAACCUUUCUGGAUAGAGCACAACACGUGGGCCAAUGACCAUCUACCCCUAGCUCUAUCAGAAAUAGAGAAGCGCCGUGUCUUUCGCGCCUUUUAUCGGCUCCAAAUCUAUAGAAAUAUCUUCGGUAGUGUCGAACGCGCGUUUAACCAGGAGAAGACGUUCACCAGCGAGGAGUCGUGGCAACUCUUCUUUAGCACCAUGGCACCAUGGGAAAUUGAGGAGUUUGCCUGUCUGUUCCAGCAUUACUGUCAUAAAUACCAAGGAAUCAUCCGGGAAGUAUCAGACAACCUGAUACAGACCGGCUACACCUUCCUCAGCGAGCUCCCCGAAGACCUGCGUGUCCCUACGGCUACUUUUAUCAGCGACUGUGAUGAUCUCAGAUACGCAGACGAGGUCCCAGAACAGAUGUCCUCGAUAGGUCCAGCACUCCUCGGCCAAAUCCUUCGACAGCAGCAAUUCUUGGCUCGCCGCAACCUGGUGCUCGUUAAUGCUCGAGGAUUUAGAUACCAGUUCUACGACAUCGGUCUGUGGCCAUUCCCGGAUUCGUCUAGGGACAAAGUGCACUUCCUCUACCCUGCAGAUAGAUUUGACUUUGGCACGGACAUGCAUGGCUUCAGGGAGCUCCUGAGAACAUUGCCACCCUCUGAACGGCCUAGCAUAGCCUGGGAGCGGAUUUGGUUGAGGGCUGAGAGCAGAUCCCCCAUACUCUUCCAUGAUAUGUUUGAAUGUGGGUCAGAGAACUUCUACCGGCUGUGGGGGUAUGCUCUGUGGGAGGAUGAAAGACUGAGAGACUGGGCAACGCCUAUGCUAGCCGAUGACUAUCCCCUAUGGACGACUACGAAGGAAUGGGGCCACUACCUGGGCUAG